AUGGUCUUCUCAAAAUAUAGAGAGAUGGCAAAGCGUGAUGAUGAAGGGCCGAGUUUAGCAACCCUGCUGCUGCUGUUGCUGCAGUGUUUAAGUGUUGUGGCAGCAUCACAGCAGGGAGUUCCUGCAAUGUUUGUGUUUGGAGAUUCUCUGGUUGAUGUUGGGAACAACAACUUCCUCAGCUCCAUUGCGAAGGCAAAUUACUUCCCUUAUGGAUGUGACUUCAAUAGAGGCGCCUCUGGGAGAUUUUCUAAUGGGAGAACUUUCGUUGAUAUGCUCGGAGAGAAGUUGGGGGUUGGGUCUGCGCCAGCCUUCGCAGAUCCGAACACAGGAGGAGCCAGAGUCCUAGGCGGUGUCAACUAUGCUUCCGCAGCUGCUGGCAUCCUCGAUGAGACUGGCCGACACUACGGAGAGAGAUUCAGCCUGAACCAGCAAGUGCUGAACUUUCAAAGCACAUUGGAGCAGCUAAGAGGAAUGAUGGGGGGAAGGAAUCUAAGCCAAUACCUGGCCAAAUCCAUAGCAGUGAUGGCGUUUGGGAGCAACGACUACAUCAACAACUACCUCUUGCCUUCCAUCUACUCCUCCAGCUUCACUUACUCGCCCCCUGAUUUCGCCAAUCUUCUUCUCAACCACUAUGCCCGCCAAAUCUUGGCACUGCACAGUGUGGGACUGAGGAAGUUCUUCAUUGGGGGGGUUGGGCCAAUAGGGUGCAUUCCAAAUCAGUUGGCAAGGGGUGAGGCCCCACCCGGAAGAUGCGUCGAUUAUGUGAAUCGGAUCCUUGGUACCUUCAACGAAGGGCUCAGAUCCCUGGUCGACCAGCUGAACGGUAACCAUCCCGGUGCCAUCUUUGUCUACGGCAACACCUACAGAGUUUUUGGUGACAUACUAAAUACCCCUUCCGCCUACGGGUUCAGCGUGGUGGACAGAGGGUGCUGCGGAAUAGGGAGGAACCAAGGGCAGAUAACCUGCCUUCCCUUCGCCUCUCCUUGCCCAGACCGCAAUGCAUACGUCUUCUGGGACGCCUACCACCCCACUCAGGCUGCCGACGCCGUCCUCGCCCGCAGGGCUUUCUAUGGCCCGCCUUCUGAUUCCUACCCAAUUAAUAUCCAACAGAUGGCCCUCCUCUGAUUUCUUUUUCUUUUUAAAAUAAAUAAAUGAAUAAAUGACUCCAUCUUGUGUUUUUAAAAUUCCAAUUUUCUUUACAUGUGGUUUGCCAUUAAUCAAUCAUAUAUGCUUACAUGUGGGGGCAGUGGUGGCAUUUUUGUCUUUUUGUAGCUUUAAUUUAAGAAAACUUCCUUUUAUCUCUAUUAUUAAUAUAAAAAAAAUGGACCAGUCCAAUUUAUAGUC